UCCCGCGAGGUUUGAACUGUAUUCAGCGGCGACUGCGGCGGCCCCGGGAGGGCAUCCCGUCGGGGAUCCUUCCGCACACUGAAGAGUACGUCUUCGGGUCUACCCUUAACCACAUAAUGGCUGUGUUUAAUCAGAAGUCUGUCUUGGAUAUGAUUAAAGAGUUUCGAAAGAAUUGGCGUGCUCUUUGUAACUCUGAGAGAACUACUCUAUGUGGUGCAGACUCCAUGCUCUUGGCAUUGCAGCUUUCUAUGGCAGAGAACAACAAACAGCACAGUGGAGAAUUUACAGUCUCUCUCAGUGAUGUUUUGUUGACGUGGAAAUACUUGCUCCAUGAGAAAUUGAACUUACCAGUUGAAAACAUGGACGUGACUGACCAUUAUGAGGACGUUAGGAAGAUUUAUGAUGAUUUCUUGAAGAAUAGUAAUAUGUUAGAUCUGAUUGAUGUCUAUCAAAAAUGUAGGGCUUUGACUUCUAAUUGUGAAAAUUAUAACACAAUAUCUCCUGGGUCAACUAUACAGCCACCUUCAGAAAGAGGAAGCUUGCUGCUGUCUAGGCCAGAUCUCUUGGCUCCUGGGAAAGAUCCACCAGUGUCAGCCUUAUUGACUCUGGAGCGGCAGAAGGGAGAGUCCCUCUUAGCAUGGAGCUGGUCCCUAAACUUGAGAUUGCCUGGGAUUCCCAUCACGGUCCAGAAGAAGAGACGAGACCUGAAGAAGCUGGCGGCUGUCAUGCGGCAAAGUCAACUACUGGAUUUUCUGUCUGGCAAACAGUAUGCGGUAGGUGAUGAAACUGAUCUUUCUAUACCAACAUCACCAACAAGUAAAUACAACCAUGAUAAUGAAAAGGUGCAGCUGCUAGCAAGGAAAAUUAUCUUUUCAUAUUUAAAUCUGCUAGUGAAUUCAAAGAAUGACCUGGCUGUGGCUUAUAUUCUCAAUAUUCCUGAUAGAGGACUAGGAAGAGAAGCCUUCACUGAUUUGAAACAUGCUGCUCGAGAGAAACAAAUGUCUAUCUUUUUGGUGGCCAUGUCAUUUAUUAGAACAAUAGAGCUUGGAGGGAAAGGAUAUGCACCACCACCAUCAGAUCCUUUAAGGACACAUGUAAAGGGAUUGUCUAAUUUUAUUAAUUUCAUUGACAAAUUAGAUGAGAUUCUUGGAGAAAUACCAAACCCAAGCAUUGCAGGGGGUCAAAUACUGUCGGUGAUAAAGAUGCAACUGAUUAAAGGCCAAAACAGCAGGGAUCCUUUUUACAAAGCAAUAGAGGAAGUUGCUCAGGAUUUGGAUUUGAGGAUUAAAAAUAUUAUCAAUUCUCAAGAAGGUGUUGUAGCUCUUAGCACCACUGACAUCAGUCCUGCUCGGCCAAAAUCUCAUGCCAUAAACCAUGGUACUGCAUACUGUGGCAGAGAUACUGUGAAAGCCUUAUUAAUUCUUUUGGACGAAGAAGCAGCUAAUGCUCCUACCAAAAACAAAGCAGAGCUUUUAUAUGAUGAGGAAAACACAAUCCAUCAUCAUGGAACGUCUAUUCUUACACUUUUUAGGUCUCCCACACAGGUGAAUAAUUCGAUAAAACCCCUAAGAGAACGCAUCUGUAUGUCAAUGCAAGAGAAAAAAAUUAAGAUGAAGCAAACUUUAAUUAGAUCCCAAUUUGCUUGUACUUAUAAAGAUGACUACAUGAUAAGCAAGGAUAAUUGGAAUAAUGUUAAUUUAGCAUCAAAGCCUUUGUGUGUUCUUUACAUGGAAAAUGACCUUUCUGAGGGUGUAAAUCCAUCUGUUGGAAGAUCAACAAUUGGAACGAGUUUUGGAAAUGUUCAUCUGGACAGAAGUAAAAAUGAAAAAGUAUCAAGAAAAUCAACCAGUCAGACAGGAAAUAAAAGCUCAAAAAGGAAACAGGUGGAUUUGGAUGGUGAAAAUAUUCUCUGUGAUAACGGAAAUGAACCACCUCAACAUAAAAAUGCUAAAAUACCUAAGAAAUCAAAUGAUUCACAGAAUAAAUUGUACGGCAAACUAGCUAAAGUAGCAAAAAGUAAUAAAUGUACUGCCAAGGACAAGUUGAUUCCUGGCCAGGCAAAGUUAACUCAGUUUUUUAGACUAUAAAUUUGUGUCUUAUAUGCUUUAGGUUUAUGUAUCUAUAAACCAUUCACCAAAGACAUGCUUAAUUUUUAAGAGAUCAAGGUGUAAAUUAUGAUGAUUUAUUAUUUUGGUCUACAGUGUAUGUAAGGUUAGUAUGUUAAGCAUUGUUUAAAAAUACUAGUAAGUCAUAAUUAUGCAGAAUUUUCACAAAGUUUAAUGCACAGAGAAAGCAUAUCAUUUCAGUUACUGAUACAUCUUAACACUACUUUCUUUUAAAACAGACAUUUAACAUACACAAGUUAUAGUAGCAGUAUGGGCUUCUCCUCCCAUUGGCAAUUAAAUGCUUUUAUUUUCUUCUGAAAAGAUGAUGUGGACCAACAGGUAUCAGACUUGCCAACAAGGUCGGUAGACUCUUCCCAGCAUACAUCUGAGCACUGAAGGAAGAAGAAAGUUUAAAUUGUUUAAAGGACUAUAAUUAUCACACAAAAUUUAUUAAGAAAAAAAAGAAUGGAUCUAGUAUAACUAAUUCUGAGUAAACCAAAAUGAUAAUAAUUAAUUGUUGCUAUUUAAUCCCACAUUUUUGGCAGGUGUAAUUGAGCCAUGGUCUUACUUGAUUUUGUUAUGAUUGCAUCCAAAUUCACUUUAACUCAGAGUUCUGUUUAAUGGUGGUAGGAUGUAAGAAUUGAAUUUUGAAAAGACUACUCACUGUCAAAAUCUCUCCUUCCUAUAGGAAAUUUAGCUGAGUUUUCUUCAUCCCCAAUUUCUCUCUUUUCUUGUGUUGAUUCAGUAUUCUGAACUCCAUUCUCAGCUGGAAAAGCUACAGAUCCUUUUAGUGCAAGAUAAGGUUUUAUAGCCAGAUUCAGUGGCAGACCAUGAUUUAAGAAAUUAUGUUUGGAGCCUGUGUUCUGUAAAGAGAAGGUUGAUUUGGUUUUUAGCUAUCGUAAUCGGAGUGGAACUAUAAUACAAUUGUAUAAUAUUCUUGUUGAUCAGUUCAAAGUUGCUCUGCACUGUUUUUGACUUUUUAAAAAUACCUUAGAUGCAAAUUUAUAGGAGAAAAAAUACUUUCAGAUAAGAGGUGUUUGCCGGGAUGGAAGAACUACCUGGCGUGUAAGAAAUAUCGUCAGUCGUCCUAAUGCAUAUUGUGACUGUUUGCAUAUACUUCUGUUUAUAAAAGUAUCAGUUUUACUUUUCAGAGGAUUUGUAAGAAUCAUUUAAAUUUUCAUUGAAAUAAAUGACAAGUCACAUUGCCACUUA